CAUGGAGUCAGUGUGUCAAUAGUGUCAUUUGCCGCAAAAUGAUAAGCGUGCAUCGGUUUUUGAAAAAAACGUGUAUGUUUGCUGUGAACGUCAACAAAAUAGCAACAUUAAAUAUUCCUUGCUCAGCACGCACAACAAUGACCGAUACACAACUUCGUCCAAAAGUUUUAGUCACCAAUCCCAGAACACCGCCAGCUGGAAUUCAAUUGUUGCGUGAAAAAUGUGAUGUGAUUAUCGGCGAAGGAAAUCCAAAGCCAACGCGUGAGGAAAUUUUGAGCAAAUCGGAAGGUGUCGAUGCAAUUUUAUGGUCAUGUUAUGAUCCGUUGAAUGCUGAGGUAUUAGAUCGUGCUGGACCUCAACUGAAGGCAGUUUCCACGAAAUCGUCUGGCAUCGAUUACGUUGAUGUGGCCGAAUUCAAAAAACGAGGCAUUCCACUGGGUCAUACACCAAAUAUAUUGAGCGAUGCCGUUGCUGAUUUGGCUAUUGGUUUGUUGGUUUCGGCUGCCCGGCGAUUCCACGAAGGCUACUUGAAAAUCGUCAACGAUCAAUGGGAUGGAUUUGAUCCGCAAUGGAUGCUUGGUCAAGAUAUCAAAGGAUCCACAGUCGGAAUUGUUGGUUUGGGUAAUGUCGGUCAAGAAAUUGCCAAACGUCUUCAAGGCUUUAAAAUUGGUUCCAUUCUGUACACUGGUCAUCGUGAGAAGGAAGAAGGUAAACAACUUGGUGCGACAUUUGUCUCGUUUGAUGAUCUACUAACUCGAUCGGAUUUUGUAUUUGUUGUGUGCCCGUUGACCAAUGAAACUCGCAACCUAUUCGAUAAGACGGCCUUUGCCAAAAUGAAAUCAACUUCGGUGUUUAUCAAUGUGUCACGUGGAGGCGUCGUUGUUCAAGAUGAUUUGGUUGAAGCACUGAAGAAUGGUACCAUUUUUUCGGCUGGCCUCGAUGUCAUGACCCCAGAACCACUUCCACCGGAUCAUAUUCUUACGAAACUUCCAAACUGCGUGCUAGUGCCGCAUUUGGGAACGGCCACUUUACGAACCGAAAAUGAUAUGUCUUGCAUUGGUGCUCAAAAUAUUCUCAAUGUACUUGAGGGGAAAGCCAUGAUCUCUCCAGCCUUUUAACUAUUUAUAAACAUCCAAUGCUGUUAUAAAUACAAACAUUUUAUUGAAAAAUAUUUCAUGUCUAAGUCUAUGACGAAAGGAUUUUUUGAAUAAAUUUUUUGCUACGAAAAA